AUGUGGGCGUUGGGAUUGAUCUUCAGAUUCGACAAAACAUAUGAAACGGGAGCAGACCAGCUGAACCUUGUAAAUAAAAGGGUCGCUGUUAUUUCGAGCGAGGCUAGGAGCUGGUGCGCGAAACUGACAAAACUGAAAGUUUACAGAGCACGUUCAUGUACGCACGCGGGGCAGAGGAUCUCCGUCCACGGCGACCAAGACUGGGUGGUGCUGGAUGACUCCUCCGAGCUCGCCGCCGCCGCCUCUAAGCUCGCCUCCAAGGUCGCCGCCGCCGCCUCUAAGCUCGUCUCGAAGGUCGCCGCCGCCGCAUCCAAGGUCGUCGCCGCCGCAUCCAAGGUCGCCGCCGCAUCCAAGAUGGACGGUGACCAAAGUUUCUUGGACACAGUUGGUUUUGGCUACUCACAAACACAACCUGAUAGUCCAAUUGGAGAGCAAGCAAUCCCAUCAACUCAGCAUCAAGCAAGACCAUCAACUCAGCAUCAAGCAAGACCAUCCAACAAAGGAAAAAAUUGGUCUACUGAUGAGGAUAAGGUUCUGAUAGCAGCAUGGGAAAAUACAAGUACUGAUAUUGUCGGGACAGAUCAAAACCGAGAAACUUAUUGGGCUAGAAUUUCAGAGUACUACAACACACACAAGGAAUCAUCAUGUCCUGAGCGUAAUGCCAAUGCAAUAAACUGCCGUUACACAUUCAUUAACAAAGAGACCGCUAAAUUUUGUGGUUGCCUUCAGCAGAUUUUAAAUUUGGAGGAAAGCGGAAGGACUAUACAAGAAAAGAUAAACGAUGCACACCUUUUGUUCAAGGAAAUGGAUAUUAAAAGAAAAAAGCCUUUCACAUUGAUGCAUUACUAUGUAGAGUUUUCGAAGUAUCCAAAGUGGCAGACAAGAGAACUUGAAACUUCAGUUAAGAAACAAAAGAAGACCAUUGAUGCAAGUCCGGGCACAUCCUCGUACCUGGGAUAUUACAACACUGAUGCUACCUCAGCACGCAGUGAUGCUCUUGAACAUGAGAAAAGACCUGAUGGUGUGAAUAAGGAGAAAUUGCGGAGAGGUAAAGCUGAUGACAGUGCUUGCAAGUUGUCAUUAGAAACUAUGUGGGCACAAAAGCAAGAGAAAGAUGAGCUCAAAGAGGCAGCAAGAAAUGUUCGAUAUGCACAACAAUUUGAAUUGAGAAAAGAGGAGAUUGCACUGAAAAAGAAGGAGGAUGCACGAAAUGAGAGGGAUGAUGAACGCAAACAGUUUGAAUUAGAUGAGAGGAUAAUGCUCAUGGACACAAGUGGUAUGAUUGAUGUGCAAAAGCAGUUUUACCAAGCUAAGCAGAAUGAGAUCCUUGCUCGCCGCCUAGAGUAG